UGGCUUGACUGUUUGUUUACUGUGAUUGCACUUCCCGUACACGUCAAAAUCGGUGUGUUGGAAAAAAGUGCACUUUAUUAAUUUAUUUGUACAUCCAUUCACUGUGAAGAAAAUGGAUAUGAAAUCUGAACUAGAUUUAAGUGGUAAAGUUAUAAUUAAAGUUCAAUUGGGUGACGAUAUUCGGAGAAUUCCUAUUCAUAAUGAUGCCAUAACUUAUGAUGAGUUGGUGUUAAUGAUGCAAAGAAUAUUUAAUGGAAAACUGAGUUCAUCGGAUGACAUUUCUAUCAAAUAUAAAGAUGAAGAUGGUGAUCUUAUAACCAUUAAUGACAGUUCUGAUUUAUCUUUCGCCAUACAAUGCAGCAGAGUUUUAAAAUUAAUUAUCUUAAAGCAAUCUGCAGUUAAUCCUGAAAUAACUUCCACAGAAGCAAAACUAAACAGCACCUUAGAGUACUCAGAAUUGAAUGAAAUAAGAGUACAAUUACGAACUAUUCGAGAUCACGUUAAUAAACUUUUGGAUUCAUUGGACGUGCCAUUUACAGCUCAAACUAAUGAAAAAGGUAGUUCAGAUCCAAACUCAAAUGAUGUUGUUUUGCCAAACAAGGACUGUGGCAAUAAAGUGAAUUCUAAGGAAUUUGAUCCACUACAAGACAAGGAUGUGCCCAAGGAUACUGCAGUGCAGAGUAAUCACGAAUCUGAUAGUCGUCCACGAUCUGUUCCGGUUCCAUCUACUCCACCAACGAUACCUGGCCCUCCUGGGAACGCUCCGACAUCUAUGCCCGACUAUUAUGGACGUACUUCAACACAAAAUUAUCCCCAGAUGACGCAAUACAGUUCUCUGCCUUAUCCCCAACCACCAUACACAUAUUCUACUACCGAAGGCUACGUUCCUGCUACAGAUCAGUCGCAAGUACCUCACAAUUCUAGUUCGUACAUUAAUACAUCACAAUCUAGCAUGCCCUAUCAUUCUCAACAGCCGCAAGGAUAUAAUCCACCACCGCAUGCCAACUACCCAGUACAACCUCAAGGAAAUCCCUACUCAAAAAGUUACAAUCAACCACCUUCACAUGUAUACAUGCAACCGCGUUAAUUUGGAAUAUAUGCAUUGCUUAUAUUAUUUGUAUUUUAAUGUUUUUCAUUGUGUAACUGCCGUUAAUCCAAACAUUUGAGUGUUUAGCAAAUAUUUUUCAAUAUACGUACCUAUACUAA